AUGAAAGUUGAAAUCCUGAUCAUUUUGACAAUUGUAUCGCUUGUGGUCACGGAAGAAGGUGACCUUUGCACAAAAAAUGGGAAACGCGGAACCUGUAAGAUAUUCCACGACUGCAAGCCGGCCUUGGAUGAGUUCAUGAAGUACAGGACGAAUCCACAGAUUUGUAGCUGGGAAGAUGAUGAACCAGUCGUAUGCUGCGUUAAGAAAAAUAAAUACGGAGGCAGUCGCCCCUGGGGCAGUAACAGCAGACCGAACACUCGCUUACCGGAGUGCGAACCGAUUUCCAGGAAGCUGACUGCACAGAGGACUGGCCAAAAGGCGUGGGACAAAUGCCUCGAGUACCAAGAAAAGCUGAUCUUUCCAUGCAGGGAGAGCACUACACCUUCCGGAGGCAUGGUACGGUUGAAUUUAUGCAAUAGAAAGCCAGAAGACCUCAUCAUUGGUGGCGUAAACGCAUAUGAGGGAGAGUUUCCUCACAUGGUGCUGUUAGGCUUUGCGAACGGCACGUCAGACGAGAGUUGGGCUUGCGGUGGGAUCCUAGUUAGUGAGAGGUUCAUAUUAACCGCUGGGCACUGCACCCGGAGCAAGGAAUAUGGCCCGUUAACUGACGCAAAGGUGGGAAUCCUGAAGCGAUCUGCCGCUACGGACAGUACCAGGCAUUACAAGAUAAAACGUAUCAUCAAACAUCCCGACUAUAAAUCGCCGAAAAAGUAUAACGACAUCGCCCUUUUGGAGACAGACAGAGAGAUCGCACUGGAUCAGUACGCAGUGCCAGCAUGCCUGCACAAUGGGCAUUCAGUAAACGACACCGAUGCGACGGCCAUCGGUUGGGGCACCACUGCAUUUAGAACGAAUAAGAUCUCCGAUGUACUACAGAAGGUUACUCUGCAGAAGUUCUCUGACCAGGAAUGCUACAGAUCUUACGCACCGGGUUCUCCAAAUAUGCGGAACAUGAAAUAUGGGUACAACAGCACCACGCAGAUAUGCUAUGGCGAUUGGCAUAAGGCCAAGGACAGUUGCAAUGGCGACAGUGGAGGCCCAGUUCAGGUGAAACAUCCCGAAAUAUACUGCAUGUAUUCAGUGCUGGGAAUAACGUCUUGGGGCAAGCAAUGUGGAUAUCCUGGGCUACCAGCUAUCUACACGAGGAUAGCUGCGUUCGUUCCCUGGAUAGAGAGUAUCGUGUGGCCUUGA